UGACCUGCUGUUCUUUCCUGCUUUCCUGCUUUUUCCUUCCUCUGUUUCCUUUAGAUUUAGAUUUAAAAAGCUCUCUGCCUCUUACCCUCGUUUCUCAUUCCUCAGUUCUUAUUUUGUUAAACAAUCUUUUUAGUUUUUAGUUUGUGAGUCUUGAGGAAGGAAAUUGGUGGGCUGAUUCGGAUGGAGAUGUGUGUUUGUUUUGGGGGCUCGUUAUGGUGCUUUAAGGAAUGACAGCAAAGGGACAGUCAGAUGUGACUACUCAUCAGGGCACAAAGACUCAAGAGGAGAAUCGAGAGAGGGACUUUUACUUCUUUAAGUCAAAGAGUUUCUGGAAUUCAUUUUGUACCAACCCUGAGUUUUGUGAAUUAGAAAGCAUCCAGCCUGGGGUCUAAACCAAGGUCCUACUCCAGAUCCUGGACUUUGUACCUAGUUAUACCUUUACAUCCUAUUUACAGGAGUGCAGAGGGCUAAGGAAGCUUACUAUCCACUUACUAUCCAUCAGACUACAACAGACGAUUUUUUUCAGCACUGACUAUGUACCCACAGGGUAGACACCCGGUUCCCCUACAGCCUGGCCAGUCCUUCAAGUUCACCGUGCUGGAGACACUGGACCGCAUUAAAGAGGAGUUCCAGUUCCUGCAAGCCCAGUACCACAGUUUAAAGCUUGAGUGUGAGAAGUUGGCCAGUGAGAAGACAGAGAUGCAGAGACACUACAUCAUGUACUAUGAGAUGUCCUACGGACUUAACAUAGAGAUGCACAAACAGGCGGAGAUUGUAAAGCGCCUCAGUGCUAUCUGUGCUCAGAUCAUCCCUUUCCUCUCACAGGAGCACCAGCAGCAGGUGGUUCAGGCUGUGGAGCGGGCGAAGCAGGUCACCAUGGCGGAACUCAACGCCAUUAUUGGGCAGCAGCAGCUCCAGCAUCUGUCUCACCACACCCCAGGCAUUCCACUGACCCCCCACCCAUCAGGCCUGGCACUGGGAGGAACCUCGGGUCUGUUGGCACUCACAGGGGCGCUUGGUGUCUCCGCUCAUUUAGGCAACAAGGAUGAGCGCAACCAUCUGGAUGCCGAGCACCUGCGAGAGGGUGCACCCAGCAGGAGUAAAUCAGUGUCAUCGACAGACAGUCAAGCAGUAGAGGAGCGCCAGGGACCCUCAGGCAUCUUUGCCUCACAUGUCAGCAAUGAUGCUAAAAGGAGGCGCUGUGAUGACAAAGAGGGCCCAUCACAUUACGACAGUGACGUGGACAAAAGUGAUGAUAACUUAGUGGUAGACGUCUCUAAUGAGGACCCCUCGUCUCCGGUGGGCAGCACCUCGCACUCUCCUCAUGGAAAUGGCUUAGAUAGAGCGCCCGCACUAAGGAAAGAACUCCCCAGGUCCCCGAGCCUUCCUUCUGCCCCCUCACCUCCUGCUCACAGCCCCCCUCUGGGCAAGAGCAAGGACCUGGCACAGUCUGAGAAAUGCCAGUCACCUUCCUCUAAGUCAGGCAGUAGUUCUCCAUCUCACCGUGAUUCCCUUACCCCCGGGCCCAGCACUUCCUGUCUGCGGAUGGUUACCAAACCUGCGUCUUCAGCCGAUCCUAUGGCAGCUUUGCGCAGUCCCCUGUCUAUGACAUCUGCUUCUUAUCCAGCACAUUUCGGCAUGGUGUCUCAUGCUGGGCUGAAUGGAGAGCUGGCCAGCCCGGGCAGCUUUGGUGGCUCACUCACCCUCUCACCCCAAAUCAGUACUGCAGCCAGUGCCUACACACGCAGCCCAAUGGUGGCGUUUGAAUCACGUUCUCAUCUCAGACCCCCGGGUCUGUCCUCCUCUCUGCCUGGCUCCAGCGGGGGCAAGCCUGCCUACUCAUUUCAUGUGAGUGCAGAUGGGCAGAUGCAGCCAGUGCCCUUCCCUCCUGAUGCUCUCUUAGGUCCAGGCAUUCCGCGCCACGCCCGUCAGAUCCAUACACUUAAUCACGGAGAGGUGGUGUGUGCCGUCACCAUCAGUACAUCCACACGCCACGUCUACACCGGGGGCAAAGGCUGCGUCAAAGUGUGGGACAUCAGCCAGCCAGGCAGCAAAAGUCCGAUGGCCCAACUGGACUGUCUGAACAGGGACAACUACAUCCGCUCGUGUAAGCUCCUCCCAGAUGGACGCACUUUGAUAGUUGGAGGUGAAGCCAGCACUCUGUCUAUCUGGGACUUGGCCACGCCCACUCCACGCAUUAAGGCAGAGUUAACAUCCUCGGCUCCAGCUUGUUAUGCACUGGCCAUUAGUCCGGACAACAAGGUCUGUUUCUCCUGCUGCAGCGACGGCAACAUUGUAGUGUGGGACCUUCACAACCAGACGCUUGUCAGACAGUUCCAGGGUCACACAGACGGAGCGAGCUGCAUUGACAUUUCUAAUGAUGGGACCAAACUGUGGACGGGAGGGCUUGAUAACACGGUGCGCUGCUGGGACCUGAGAGAGGGCCGGCAGCUCCAGCAGCACGACUUCACCUCCCAGAUCUUCUCGCUGGGCUACUGUCCUACAGGCGAGUGGCUCGCAGUGGGCAUGGAAAGCUCUAACGUGGAAGUGCUGCACGUCUCCAAACCAGACAAGUACCAGCUGCACCUUCACGAGAGCUGUGUGCUCUCACUCAAGUUUGCUUACUGUGGCAAAUGGUUUGUGAGCACGGGAAAAGACAAUCUGUUAAACGCGUGGAGAACACCGUAUGGAGCCAGCAUCUUCCAGUCUAAAGAGUCCUCAUCUGUCCUGAGCUGCGACGUCUCCCCUGAUGAUAAGUAUAUCGUCACUGGUUCUGGAGAUAAGAAAGCUAGCGUGUACGAGGUGGUCUACUGAGCACAGCACAGAGGGAGGGAGAGAUGGAUGGAUAGAUAAAAGAAACUCUAAAUGAACAAAGCGAACUUGCAGAAGAUUGUAUGUGACAGCUGUGGUGGGCAACCAUGGGUGCUCUUUUUAAACAGUCCUUCCCUGCUUAGUCUUUGAGGAAUCAUUAACCCAACUUUUUUUUUAUUCCAGUCCCAUUUUUAUUCCAGCCCCUGUGAGACAGAGAGAGUAAAGGAAAGUUUAAGAGAACAAAGAGGGAGUGUAAUUAGCACAGUCUCUAGCUGAAGAGCCCAGUAGAGAGCAGAAAGCCCACAGGAAACACAGAGCACUUAGGAAGCUGCAUCUUACACAAACAAUGCUAAUAAAUAAUCAAUGCAUUAGUGGAAAAACCUUUACUGUAGUAAAUAUACAACGCAGCUUCCUGUUUCAAUAAGAGAACUGCAGCCAGUGCCACUCUGGCUCUGAGUUACCUGGCUGAGGUAUGUUUUUACAUUCACAACACGUUCCUGUGCACACCAAUUAAAUAUUCAUGUGGUUAUUCCCGUCGGAAUUCUCCAUCGUGCAUUUCUGUCUCCUGCGAGAGACUCCCGGGAGAGAAUAAUAAGAAGCAGCUGGACCUCUAUGUGAGCUUCAUGCCGAAAGCAGCAUUUUUAAUGUUAAUUCCAGUGUGUUGUUAUGUAUAAAUGCAACUUCAAGAAAUUGUUUAGCCCAAAAUAAAGACUAAGGAAAAACUGA